GCCGCAGGCCGUGCCCGGGUCGAACGCCGCGACGCUCGCGGCAGGGCUGGCCCAGCUGCUGGGCCAGCCGCAGGCCGCCGCGCCCGCCGCGCAGGCGGCCGCCCUCGGCGGCCUGGGAGGCUACGGCGCCCUCGGCCUGGCGGGAUUGCAGCAGCAGCAGCAGCAGAUGGGCGGCGGCCUCGCUGCAGGGCUGAGCUCGGCCGUGACCUCCUCGCCCUCGGCCGCGACGCUCACGGACGCCGCCAUCGUGGCGCUGGUGGCGGGGCGCGAGAGCGCCAGGGACCGCCACGACUGGCAGGCCGCGGACGCCAUCCGGAACGACCUCAGGUCCCACGGCGUCGACGUGUGGGACAAGGAGAAGGUGUGGCGCGCGAACGACGGACGAGCCGGGAUGAUAGGCGCCUCGAAUUUGGUGGGCUUGUAGGACGCCGGCGGAGCCUGGCGGCCUCCGCGCCCUCCUCUCCAGGGGACGCGUUGCUCCCGCAGAUGUUGGGCUCGCGUGGCGGGUUUGGGGCGUGUGCACAGGCGCGUUGCCGGCUCACUUUUUUCGUGCCCUCGUCCUCCUCCUCCUCCUUCCUCCUCCUUCCUCCUCCUCCUCCUCCUUCCUUCUCCUCCUCCUCCUUUUCCUCCUCCUUUUCCUCCUCCUCCUCCUCCUCCUC